GAGAGCGCUGACUGUAGUCGCUGUGAAGAUUUCUCGGAGUUAGCUGAGUUUGUCGUUGCUGCUUUGGGAUAAUGAGCAGUUGGCCUGAUUACGUUAACAGGCUGAUGGCGCACGACGGUGUGGCAGAAGUCGCUAUCGUCGGCCAGGAGUGUAAAACCAUUUGGGCGGCGUCCGAGAACAGCAAUUUGGGCAAAAUCAAGGCUGAGCAGGUUGCAUCAUUGCUAGGCAACCUAAACAACUUACAGACAAAUGGAGUAACGCUGGGGGAUCAAAAGUAUACUUUUGUUCGGAAAGAGGAGGAUGAUAGUAUACCUGGUGGAUGGAGUUGGCUAACUCUAUCUUCAAAGAAUGAAAACAAAACCUCUGUAAUUGUUCAGAAAACAUGCAAAGUACUAAUCAUCAUGGAAUCCAAAACCAACCAAACAAAAGGAACCCAGUUACUUGGUUACGUGGUUGCAACAGUUGAACACCUGAAAUCAUGUGGUUACUAGUGAAGUUUCCAUUUUGGCAGUGUGCUGGUUGAUGAGUCUCUCCGUUGCUACUGGGAGAUGAAGGUUCUGUGCUCUCAAGUGUACACAUUUGCCUGCUAAAAUCAACUUUCGUGCUAUUGAUGUAACUUGCAACUAUAUUUAAAAAUGCAAAAUUGAGUUCACAAGACGUUCAUGUUUUUGUAUCCAGUAUUACUGCCUUAGUAACUGUCCAGUCUUUUCUAAGUGCAAUUGAAUAAAAAAAAAUCUCUUGCAUGAGCAA